GAAAAAUCUCAGAUAAACCAUCAACAUACCACGAGAUGUUCGCGUUCGCGUGUCUGACAGGCAUCUUUACACACACAAAUGUACUGGCUGCUACCUUCUGAACAGAGCAUGUUGGCUACCGUGCCACAUUUUUCUUAGAAUUCUCAAAAUUUUCUGUUUGAAAGGGGACGACUGAGGUGUGUCAGAAUGCGGCCAGUGUCCAAGACCCAGCUAGUGUCGGUCACAGCAUCGGUCAUGAGCGGGAGCCUGCGAUUCAAAGCUUCAAGUUUAGUCGAAGUGCGCAUGUUCUGUAACCAAUAAUGGCUCAUCGUCAACCGAUGCCACCACGUGGCAUGGUUGAAAAGUCAAGAUUGGGGUUUGUCGUGUCGCAGAGGUUUUCCAAGAGGAAGCUAGCGACACCCGCAUUCGCGAUGUGGGUCCUGUCGUGGAAUAUAUUGCUUGCUGCCGCUACGCUUAUCUCAAGGGCAAGUAGCGCGCUUUCGCCGUCAGGAUGGACGGAUUCGGGGGUAGAUGGGAUUGCUUCGCGCGUUGGCCUUUCUCAAGUGAAGCCGCCCUGUCGGUGCGCGACAGAAGGAGGACGUUCUGCGAAAAACUUGCAUCAUUGGUGUUUCCCCGGGCCGGUUCCUGCUGUCGCAGGUUUUCUUGGCACAGGAGCUUUCACUGCUGCGUUGUUUUUUCAAAAGCAUUCUCCACACUCUCGGAUACGCUCCAUACGUCGAAGGUGGCCCCUUCAUGCUUCGCACUUUAAAGACCCCUUACACUUUCGCGCCACCUCGUCUUCCCUUCGGGCACUACACACUUCUCGGGAUUGUGCGUUCACACCAUGUAGUUUCACAGUUGGUCCGGGUAACUCAUGUGUUCUCCGCACUGUCACUGAAGUGCCAACACCAUUAUUUGAGAGCUUGAAUGCUUCAUCACACCUAUCUUCUCAAAGUUUCCGCCGUCCGUUGGCUGCUGCCCACGUCGAGGAGGGGUUGACGGUGUCGUCCCACUCGCAGCACGUAACGCCAUUAAAUGAGGAAAUAUCCACCGGUGGUGGUGGCGGCAGCAAAUUCACGGAUGAAAAGUAUGUGCCUGUGUAUCCCUUACGAAAUCACGUCCUUUUUGAUGAACCGGUCUUUGCGGCGAUGAACCAGAUCAGACAUCUGAUACAUAAGCUGGAGCUUUCGUCGAAGCAGGAUAUUUCUCCCGAAGACAUUGACGAGCAGCUGCUGCCUUUGUUGUGCGAGGGAGACUUGCUAGAGCGGACUCUCGAGCUUGCUAGGUCUAACUAUCGACAGCAGGUAGCCAGUGCUUCAUCAGGGGACCCCGCGUGGGUCUCAACAGUGCUGGCUGAAAGAUGCAGUUCUGAGAGAGAAGCAGUCGGCGGAGACGGAAAUGAGGCAGACAUCAGCAGGUCGACAGCGGAUCUGCGGCUGGACCAGCGAGACGCAGGGACUCCGAGCGACACGAGAUCUCGCGUCAAUGGGCACGAGGAAAGCAGCGAAAAUGUCUCUUUUCGCAGUGCUGCGAAGGAGAGAGAUGAGGUCAACACGGAUAGAGGAAAUCUAGAUCCGCUGAGCAGGCUACGAAGGCUGGAGCACCUUUCUCCACAGCUGAUCGCCCUGGCGAAAUAUCAUCGCCGUCGGCAGGCUAAAAGGAAAGCAGAACGCCUUUUGGCGGCGAUGCUGGGUGGAGACGCAGCGAGAAUUGACGCACUGUUUCUCCAAAUGGCGGAGCAGCGGUUGCUUGAUGCCCACCUCCUGAAUUUCAUAGACGAAAUGAUUCACGAAGCCCACAUGAAGUAUUCGGCUUACAAGGCGAAGGAGGCUCUUUCGGAAACGGCUCUGAAGACGCUCAAGAGGAGGAUUUUGGCUCAUCUAGAAAUGAUGAAGAGCAAUCGACAGGACUUUGUCCGGAUUCUGAGCCUCUGUUUCCAAACACAAACAGACAAACGUCGUGCUAUCUUAAAGGCGAGUCUGUAUACCGUUGAGGACCUUGAGCGAUUCCAGGAGUGGCUAGAAGAUGGAAUCCAGUUCGGGGAGGAGACGGGAAAAUUGAAGAAAGAACAACUGACGGUGAUGCGAAAUCUUGUCGAAGACUGUAAGCAGGCAAACCCAUUAAACAAGGCAACACUGGAUCACUGGCAAGAAGAAAAUUCGUUCCAGUCGGACCUGAACUUACAGGCUGCGUGGGACAAGGCAGACGAGUCGGCGGGCAGUCCAGGCAACCGUCGUCUUCCGUGGGAAUGAUGAGAUAAUGUUGUGGUCUGUGUUGCGAGAUACCUCUGAAAAGAGCAGUGUCGUGACGAUAAACCUUGCGUGGCCGUGUCGCCGGUCGUGGUAGAUUGAUAAGUUUCGAUCGUCACUGUCAAUAAAAAAUACUUAAAUCAGGCGGUGAUUUCAGUUUGAUGACAAAGGACCGACGUUUGUUCCCCACAACGACACGCGCGUGUUUGGCUUCAAAAUCUUAUCAAAGUGGAUGACAUUUUAUUCGUACUCCAUUUGGUGUAGGCAAAUUUUAUUCGAUUCAGAAAGAAGUUGAAGUCAUUGUUGGCAUGUGUUUGGCACGAUAUGUCACAAGGUGGCUUUGUGGUAUAUGCCAUCACGGAACAACACAGACGAUGUCCGCCGCUGUGGUACACCUCUGCAGCAUCGUAGGUUAUCAUUUCGAAAAUCCCGAGCAUUUCCACGAGUGUGCAUGUAAGAAGCCAGCACGGCCUUGCCCUAGAAAUAUGCAUCGUUGUAGCCACAUAGCCAGUGAUGGCAGACAAACCUUGAUAUAUGAAAGUGUUACAAACUCCUCUUUUUGCAACCUUAGCUCACUGUACAAGUCUGUCGGAGAAUGUUCACCUUGCCUGCAUGCACAUAUGUGAAAACACCUCACACAGCUGAGCGAAAUUCACCGCAGCGCUGCGUGUGUGCAUCCGACCGGAGACUUUUGUCAUCAGCUCAUUACGAUGAAGCACCGACAACGAACGGCAUCGAAAAUUGUCGCUCUAUACGAGUUCCGCGCAAUGCAUGCGGGCAGCAAUGGCCUCGUUUUCAUCUGUGAUUCUCUGAACCGGAUCGGCGAAGCUGCUUUG